UGUGUGAAGCGCACCUGGACGGACUCACACAAACGUGGAUUUUUACAAGAUAAAAUCCAAAAGACGUGACUUCGAGAUGUAUGAUCCAUUUUUUAAAAUGAUCUAGACUCCGAGCAAAAUUUUGUCUUCAAGCUGUUUUUUAAUUCUUAUGGUUGCUAUGAUCCGGAGUUGACUCGCAUCAUGUCCAAAUCCUCAGAUCAGUUUGACAGCUCAGAUUGCGUGUGUUCAUUCGGGAUGAAGAUGACCUGGGAUAUAAACGACCCCAAGCUUCCACAGGACACAAAGCAGUAUGAUGCGUUCCAGGAGUGGACGGAUGGAUAUGUACGUUAUAUCUACAGCAGUGAAGAUAAGAACGCACAAAGACACCUGAGCGGAUGGGCCAUGAGGAACACCAACAAUCAUAACUGUCAGAUCCUGAAGAAGUCCUGUCUUGGUGUGGUGGUGUGUUCACGGAACUGCUCUCUCCCAGACGGGUCCAAACUUCAGCUGAGACCGGCCAUUUGUGACAAGGCACGACAGAAACAACAAAAAAAGCUUUGUCCAAACUGUAACUCAGCUCUCGAGUUGAUUCCGUGCCGAGGUCACAGUGGCUAUCCAGUAACCAAUUUUUGGAGAGUAGAUGGGAAGGCAAUUUUUUUCCAGGCAAAAGGAGUACAUGACCACCCCAGACCAGAGAGUAAGUCUGAAACAGAGGCAAGAAGGAGUGCAGUGAAGAGAAGGAUGUCUUCACCUCACUUUUCACAGAAAAGAAGACUGGUGGAGCAAGAGCCUGGACGUUACCAUGACAUGGCCUUUCCAAAUAUCCACCAGCUCACCAUGGAGGGCCCAGAGCGCUUCAGCAUCAUUGCAGAGUCCAACUUCCCAAUACAGACCCAACACUAUCCUUCUUUCCAGAACACAGAGCCCUACAAGUUCCCUUAUGACACACACACAGCAGCGGCCAUGACGGAUGCUCCGAGCUCACUGCAGAAGCCUGCCAACCACCGUCUGUAUAUGACCCGCCCUCCUUGUGGGUAUGACUUUGCAGUCCCAGGAUACCUUGGCUCAGGGCCUUAUCCAACAGCACUGUAUAAGGAUCCUUCUAGCCCACAAACUGAGACAGAACCCAGUAAGUCGGGGAGCAGUCUGAGUGGCAUGCCUCAUGGCACGAGUCCAUUAGGCAGCCAUGAGCGGAGCUAUGCAGAAACUACAGGAAAGCAUCAUGGCUGGAAGCAAAUUCUUAGUAAAGGUGCCUAUGGGGAUAGAGGAGACUACUCUCAACUGCCAACCAACACCAACCACCACUACUACAACAGUGACUACCCAUGUAGGUACACAGGACCUGCCCCUGCCACCCCGGCAGCAUUGCAGACUAUAAUAACCACAACCACAAAAGUGUCCUACCAGCCAUGCCCCAAGCCAUCUGUUGUCAAAUAUGGAGAGAAUAUCUAUGAUGUGAAAGGCCUGUCUAACUGUAACUCAAUCUUGGAAGAAGCCUCUUCCAACUCCUACUCGGACCUGAAGGUUCCAGAGGAUUCGGGAGUGAUCAAAUCUGCCCUCUCAUACCAGGACACGCUCCCAGCUAAAAUUGAGAGGUCUGAAAACUUUGAGGGCUAUCGCUACAGCAGUUACAGCUCAAACAGUUACCCUGAACGAAUGUCACAUCCCUUUAGGUACGAUAGCGGAGAAUACUGAGGGACUGCAGAAAGACCAAACAGGGUAUAAAAAACAAAACAAAGCAAAAAACAAACAAACAUUUAAUAACAAAGCUAGUGCAUAGAAAUGUGUUGUUAUUUAUAUUCAGUAUUUGAGCUGUUUUAACGUCUUUAGUUUUAAAGUGAUUGUAGAUAGCUGGUGGAUUUUUAUGUAAACUUUUGAUUCAUAUUGAUUAAACAGACUGACAUCAGUGUUGAGUACAUUUCCAUAUAUUCAAGUAAUGUGUUUAAAGCCAUGAUUGGUAAUUAGCUGUUGUAUUUGAAAUUAAAAAAAAGUGUCAAGGAAGGCAGGAAGGUUUUUUUUUUUUAUAUAUUUGAUGUUCAUUAAAAUGGUCUCUCUAACAAAACUGAGGGCAUGUACAGCGUGAUACUUUUUAGAACAAACAUAUGUUCAUCUACAAUAGAAAAAAGACACUUAUUAUGUUAGUCAAAUUGAUCUUUUUAAGAGGAAACUCAAAGAAUCAGACAAAAAAUCUAUAUAAUAUACAUUUGGGAUUGUAAAACAGGAAAAUCCUAAUACCUUUUUAGCUUUCACUCACAGAUAAUUUCUUAAAAAUACCAAUGUUUGCUCAUAUAGGAAGUCUAAAACAUGAUGUAAUAACAUAUAAUCAUGGGCUUUGUGACUGAAAGCUUUUAAGGCAUCUGAGAGAAAGCGAACACACUCUUCAUAAACCAUCUGAAUCCAGCGAAGAAUAUUCCACUGUCAGAAAGGGAUCAAGGAUAAUCACAAACAAUUUAUCGGCUGCUUUGAAUGAGAGAGGUGCCCUGACAGGCUACAGACCUCCAACCACUCCACUUGACAGAGAAAAAGAGAUACAAUUAAACAGACAGAUAAAAUAUCUGACAGUCCAGCAAAAAGAGAACACAGAAAUAUAAAGGCAAGGAUACUGUUAACAGGCUAUAAGUGCAAGCCAAAGAAGCUGUAAUACCUGCUGCUGACAGCAUCUCUCCUCACAGCCACUUUGUAACAGACAAACACGCAGGAAUGAACUAACACACACUUAAGCUAUGUUUUCAGAUGUUCUAUUAAGCCUUCACAAAUGCUGUAUUUAUUAGUGUAAUGUCAGUCACCAGUCAUGAUUUGGUUUGUGAAUAAUUGUGUGUUUGAUUAA